UUGCUGUUUCUUGUUGACUAACUCGGGAUGAUUGAACCUAAGAAGAGAGUGGCGGAUAUGGCGGUGGUUCCUACCGCCGUGAAGCGGCCCAGGACGGAGCUGGUGGCGGCGGCUCAGUCUCAGCAACUCGUGGCCAUGGGUCCCCCUCGCAGCUCCAGCCUGCAGGCUCCCAUUAUGCUCAUGUCUGGCCACGAGGGCGAGGUCUACUGCUGCAAGUUUCACCCCAACGGAGCCACGCUGGCCUCCUCAGGAUUUGACAGGCUCAUAUUGAUGUGGAAUGUGUAUGGAGAUUGUGAUAAUUAUGCCACUCUGAAGGGCCAUAGUGGAGCAGUGAUGGAGCUGCACUACAACACAGAUGGCAGCCUGCUGUUUUCGGCGAGCACAGACAAGACUGUAGGUGUGUGGGACAGUGAAACAGGUGAGAGGAUCAAGCGUCUGAAGGGCCACACCUCCUUCGUUAACACCUGCUACCCGGCCCGCCGAGGGCCCCAGCUCGUCUGCACCGGCAGCGAUGACGGGACAGUCAAGCUGUGGGACAUUCGUAAGAAAGGGGCGAUCCACACUUUCCAGAACACCUACCAGGUGCUGGCUGCAACAUUCAAUGACACCAGUGAUCAGAUCCUGUCAGGAGGCAUCGACAAUGACAUCAAGGUGUGGGACCUGAGGCAGAACAAGCUGAUCUACAAUAUGCACGGCCAUGGUGACUCAGUAACUGGACUCAGCCUGAGCUCUGAGGGAUCAUACCUUCUCUCAAACUCUAUGGACAACACAGUGCGUAUUUGGGAUGUUCGGCCAUUUGCACCCAAGGAGAGAUGUGUGAAGAUUUUCCAGGGCAAUGUACACAACUUUGAAAAGAAUUUGCUGAGGUGCUCCUGGUCUACUGACGGCAGUAAGAUAGCUGCAGGGUCAGCUGACAGAUUUGUGUAUAUCUGGGACACCACAUCACGCAGAAUCCUGUACAAGCUGCCUGGCCACGCUGGCUCUGUCAACGAAGUGGCCUUUCACCCAGAGGAGCCUAUAGUGCUGUCUGGCGCCAGUGAUAAACGGCUCUACAUGGGAGAAAUUCAGUAGGGGGUGUGUGUGUGUGUGUGUGUGUAAACUUGGAUGAGUGUGAAAGUGUGUGUGUCCUGCAUUUGAGGGUCCUGCUUUAGAAGUGUAUGGGUGGUGUUCGACAGUGAGUUAGGAAUCUCUGUAAUUUCAUGUGCGUCAGCUUGUCACAGAACAACCUCAGGACAUGUGUUUGAAGUUUAUUAUGCUCAGUCACAACAACCUCCAAAAUGACUUGUUUUUUUAUCCUGAUUUGUUUCUUUUUAAUAAACUUCAGUAUUCUGUAAAAA